AUGGUGUUCUUCCCCACUCAGUUUGCUGAGAGCCUGCAAGUAUCCAUUGAUAAGCGAAAGGACAUAGGCAGACUUUGGACCCUUCGUCCCCCAGAGUCGUACUCCGAACUGGUCAAUUUCACAUCCAAUGACUUCUUGUCUUUGAACUCUGGUAUUCACCGCGAGGAAACACUGAAUGAGAUCCAGCGGAACCCUGCUUUCAAAAUUGGAGCUGGUGCCAGCCGCGUGGCGGAUGGAACCUCAGCAUACACUUUCGCGCUGGAAGAGUGGCUGGCAGAAUUCCACAACGCAGAAUCAUGUUUAUUGUUCAACUCUGGAUAUGACGCCAAUGUGGCCAUAUUUAACGUUCUUCCAAGACAAAAUGAUAUCAUUGUUCAUGACAGUGCAAUCCAUGCCAGUACUCAUGUUGGCAUGCGUGGUAGCCGAGCAUCGGUGGUCAAAUCGUUCCAACACAACGAUGUUGCAUCACUGAGGUCUGUUCUGCUUGAAAUCCUCGAAUCCGAUUCUGGAGUUGCGAAGGGUGAGAAGACAGUUUUCCUCGCAAUUGAGUCCAUUUAUAGUAUGGAUGGGGACAUAGCGCCAGCUGCCGAGAUCGUGCAAUGCGUCAAGGAAUGUCUUCCGCUGAAAAACGCUGUUUUGGUGGUCGACGAGGCUCACUCAAAUGGAAUUAUGGGACCCCAGGGCAGGGGUUUCAUUUCCGACCUCGAACUCGAGAGUGAGUUUGCAAUUCGCGUGCACACCUUUGGCAAAGGAAUCAAUGCUACCGGUGCCGCGGUGCUAUGCCCUCCUGUGGUAAAGGACACUCUGGUCAACUAUGCUCGAAACUUCAUUUUCACCACCGCUCCCGCAUUUCUUACCAUGGCCACUGUCAAGGCGUCCUAUAACGUUAUUGCGAGCGAAGAAGGAGCAAAGAGGAGAGAGAAUCUUCAAGAGCGAGUGCACCAAUUCUAUCGUUCGCUCACCCGCCAUGAACUGUGGAAUACUUCAUGCAAAAAGGACAGAUUGCGGGUAGCUGGCGCUUCAAACUGGAAGUCCAUGUCCUUCAUCUCGCCCAUUGUUCCUCUCCUUACCAAAGGUGGCCUUUCUCACAGCCUUGAGAACUGGCUCACUGAUUCGGGCUUCUUCACAAUCGGGGUGGGCUUCCCUGUUGUCCCAAAAGACAAAGAGCGUGUGAGAUGCAUCAUUCAUGCCGACCAUACGGAAGAUGAGAUUGACAGCCUCGUUGAUGCUAUCGUGAAAUGGGGAGCGGACGCUUAUCUCUGA